AGCGCAAGAACCCGUUCCGCGAUCGGUCUCACCAUUACGACCACUGUACAACACAAAAACCCAAACCCUACUCAAAGAAAGCAACUUUGGGUAGCCACAAUUGGAAUCCAAUCCAACUCUGCUUACAAACAACUCUGCAAGUUUCUGGUUACUCUCUUUUUCAGUGAGGAAUUAUGUCGCGGGGUGUUAUUGCUGAUAAAUGGUCCAUGAGGGUUCUCUGGCUUUGUGCAAUUGGCAGUGCAGUCGGCCUAUACAUGGUUGCUGUAGAAAGACAGAUGCAGAACAGGGAAAGAAUGUUGGCUGAAAGUUUGAAUAACAUGGAAUCAGAUGCCAACACUGGCAAGGAAGAUUGAAUGCAAAAUGCUUUGCUGUUGAUAACUGAUCCGUAGCAGCACGUCCGUGUAAAGUCUUCCCCAUCUUCCAGAUUCAGUUACGUAUAAGACUAUUAGCCUAAAGGUCUCAGUUUGAAUGUGAAGUUCAGAUGAUUGUACUGAGUUUUAUUUCUACUUAUUCAGUGCAUAUAAAGGGUGGAAUCUUUGAUCUUCAUCUUUUGUUUCAUUUAUCUGUUGACACAUUGUUCCUUGGCUUGGCUUUUAUAGCCUCCCUGUGCCUUUCAACUUUGUAAGAAAUGAAAUAUGAACUGCAAGUGUAUCG